AGGCAAAGAUAAAAAGAGAAAAUAGUUCACGGCGUAUUGUAGCAAUGGCGGUUUCAGAGCGUUUUGGAGGCUUUUCAUAAUAUUAGCUCAGCAGCCAAUAGGACGCCAGCUGAGUUCCGCUUUAACCAAUGGGCGAUGGAAUAAUACAUGCUAAAGCGUGGUUAGGCUGUCGUUGCAGGCGGCCAACGCUAAACUUCACCAAAUAACAGCUGUUUGUAUUUUGGCUUCUGCAGUAGCCAUUUUAGAUGCAGAUGUAAAAAGUUCUAGAAAAAAAAUGAAAAUUCAAAAGAAGGACAAACAGAUGUCUGCCACGCACAUUUUAAAGCACACUCCAGCCACUCCAGCCACAAUUGCCCCCGAGCUGAACGCACAAACCACUUUUUCGAUAGGCCACUUUGGCAAGGAGAAGAUACGCAUCAUUGAUGGACCACCAAAUCACUGUGUGGCACACUCAAAACUCACUGGGACAAGAGAAAUGGGACCAGGGGCCAAAAGCAACAGUCCUCACACAUCAGCCUUGCAAGUCAACACAGAGGAGGAUGAUGGAGGAGGUGGGGCCAGGGUGAGAAAAAAAUGGAAGAAAAAAGACAAGAAGGACACAAGUGAGUGGCAGCAGUUGGACAAAGAGAGGGACAUCAGACCAAAGAAAAAGAAGGAACAGAAAGAGUGGAAAAGGCAGCCUCUGAAGAAGUCCAAGUCAUUAAAGGAAGAAAAAGGGACAGAGAAGGUGAAGGAAAAAACAGUCAAAUAUGGGAAAAAGGUCAAAAAAGAAGAGAAUGCACCUUUACCACAAAAGCAACGUGGGAGGAAACCAAAAGAGCAGGGCGUUGUUCCUUUAGAGAAGAGGAAAAAAGGCAAACGAAAAAGUGACCCCUUGCAGGAGGCAGCAGAAAGUGAUGACACAGCUUCUCUAUGCACUUUGGCUACAGGAGGGGAGGAAAGCACUGACCCUAUGGACAACACUAAGAGACGCUCAGGUCGCCAGGUGAAGCGCAGAAAGUAUAAUGAGGACUUGGAUUUUAAAGUAGUAGAUGAUGAUGGUGAGACCAUUGCUGUGUUGGGAACAGAGCGAGCUCCUGCUCUGUUGUCAUCCACUCUUGCUUGGCAAUCUGAGGAACCUCCUGAAGAUGAAGCCAACAUCAUUGAAAAGAUUCUCUCUGUGCGGACUGUCAAGAAAGAGACAUGUCCAGGGGAACCACCUGAAGAGUUAGAGGAGUUUUAUGUGAAGUACAGAAAUUUUUCCUACCUUCAUUGUAAAUGGGCAACACUAGAGGAGCUGGAAAAGGACCCACGCAUUCACCAAAAAAUCAAGCGCUUUAGAAACAAGCUGGCACAAAUGAAGCACAUUUUCACAGAGCCAGAUGAAGACCUCUUUAAUCCUGACUAUACGGAAGUAGAUCGAAUUUUAGAGGUUGCGAUUACUACAGAUACAGAAACAGGAGAGGAGGUAACACAUUACCUAGUAAAGUGGUCCUCUCUAUCAUAUGAGGAGAGCACUUGGGAAUUGCAGGAGGAUGUAGAUCCUGUGAAAAUCCUUGAGUUUGAAGACCUGAGAAAAUUUCCAGAACUCAAACAUGAGAGACCUUUACCAGAGCAAUGGCAGAAGCUAGAGAAGUCACGUGAAUAUAGAAAUGGCAACCAGCUUAGAGAAUACCAACUAGAAGGCAUGAACUGGCUCCUUUUUAACUGGUACAAUAGGAAAAAUUGCAUCUUAGCUGAUGAAAUGGGUCUGGGAAAAACCAUUCAGUCCAUAACAUUUCUCUAUGAGAUCUUCCUCAUGGGCUUAAGGGGUCCCUUUCUUAUCAUCGCCCCUCUCUCCACCAUUACAAACUGGGAGAGAGAGUUCCGGACAUGGACUGAAAUUAAUGUCAUCGUGUAUCAUGGCAGCCAGAUCAGUCGGCAGAUGAUCUUGCAGUAUGAGAUGUACCACAGAGAUGAACAGGGAAACGUAAUGGCUGGCCAAUUUAAGUUUCAUGGUGUGAUCACCACAUUUGAAAUGAUCAUGGCUGAUUGUCCUGAACUGAAGAAGAUUAAUUGGCGCUGUGUGGUUAUUGACGAGGCUCAUCGGCUAAAGAAUCGUAACUGUAAACUUCUGGAGGGACUCAAACUCAUGAACUUGGAACACAAAGUACUCCUAACAGGUACACCUUUACAGAACUCUGUGGAGGAACUCUUCAGUCUGCUUAACUUCCUGGAGCCAGUGCAGUUCCCCUCUGAGAGCACAUUCCUUGAGGAGUUUGGAGAUCUGAAGACUGAGGAGCAGGUUAAGAAGUUACAAGCCAUUCUAAAGCCUAUGAUGCUGAGACGGCUAAAGGAUGAUGUGGAGAAAAAUCUGGCCCCCAAAGAAGAGACCAUCAUUGAAGUGGAACUCACCAACAUCCAAAAAAAAUACUACCGGGCCAUCUUGGAAAAAAACUUCACCUUUUUGGCAAAGGGAGCCAACCAGCACAACAUGCCCAACCUCAUCAACACUAUGAUGGAACUCCGCAAGUGCUGCAACCAUCCAUACCUCAUCACAGGGGCUGAGGAAAAAAUUCUAGAGGGCUUUAAGAAAACCCAUAAUCCUGAUGCGUCAGAUUUCCAGCUCCAGGCUAUGAUUCAAGCUGCAGGAAAACUGGUGCUUAUUGAUAAGCUGUUGCCCAAACUGAUUGCUGGAGGACAUAAAGUGCUUGUGUUCUCUCAGAUGGUACGGUGCCUAGAUAUACUAGAGGACUACCUCAUCCAGAGAAGGUACACAUAUGAACGUAUUGAUGGAAGAGUCAGAGGGAACCUGCGUCAGGCAGCCAUUGAUCGAUUCUGCAAGGUUGACUCAGAUCGCUUUGUCUUCCUGCUGUGCACCAGAGCCGGGGGGCUGGGCAUCAAUCUCACUGCUGCAGAUACCUGCAUCAUAUUCGAUUCGGACUGGAACCCACAGAAUGACUUGCAGGCACAAGCUCGCUGUCAUCGGAUUGGUCAAAGUAAAGCAGUGAAGGUUUAUCGUCUCAUCACGCGUAACUCGUAUGAAAGAGAGAUGUUUGACAAAGCCAGUCUAAAACUUGGACUGGAUAAGGCUAUUCUACAGGAUAUCAACCGCAAGGGUGGUCUGAAUGGGGUUCAGCAACUGUCAAAAAUAGAAGUGGAAGAUCUUUUGCGGAAAGGUGCGUAUGGUGCCCUUAUGGAUGAGGAGGAUGAAGGCUCAAAGUUUUGCGAAGAAGAUAUUGAUCAAAUUCUGCAACGCCGUACUCAAACUAUCACCAUUCAGACUGAGGGCAAGGGAUCAACAUUUGCUAAGGCUAGCUUUGUGUCUUCUGGAAAUCGAACAGACAUCUCCUUGGAUGACCCUAACUUCUGGCAGAAAUGGGCAAAAAUUGCGGAGCUGGAGAUCGACUCAAAGGAAGAAAAGCAGAGUCUUGUGAUCGAUACACCUCGUGUAAGGAAGCAAACGCGGCACUACAAUUCUUUCGAAGAUGAUGAGCUGAUGGAGUUUUCGGAGCUCGACAGUGACUCAGAAGAGCGUCCUUGUCGCACACGCCGCCUGGGGGAGCGCAGUAGGCGAUAUCUUCGAGCAGAGUGCUUUAGAGUGGAAAAGAAUCUGCUCAUAUUUGGUUGGGGACGGUGGAAGGACAUUCUGAAUCAUGGACGUUUUAAAUGGCACCUCACAGAGAGAGACAUGGAAGUGCUGUGCAGAGCGUUGCUUGCCUACUGUGUCCGUCAUUACAAAGGUGACGACAAGAUCAAGAGCUUCAUCUGGGACUUGAUUACCCCAACCAAGGACGGGCACAACCAAUCACUGCAGAACCACACAGGAUUGUCUGUCCCUGUGCCUCGAGGACGAAAGGGUAAGAAACUGAAGAGUCAGUUGAGUUCUGAGAUGAAAAAUGCAGACUGGCUGGUCCACUGUAACCCAGAAGUAGUUCUUCAGGAUGACAGCUAUAAGAAACACCUUAAACAGCACUGUAACAAGGUACUGUUAAGGGUCCGGAUGCUGUAUUACCUUAAGGCAGAGGUGCUGGGGGAGGCUGCCAGCCAGGCUCUAGAAGGAGUCUCAGCCAGCAAACUGGAGGUAGCCUUGCCUGAAAUUGACUAUAUUGAAAUCCCCAUUGGUUGGUGGGAUGCAGAGGCAGAUAAGUCUCUUCUCAUCGGAGUGCACAUGUAUGGAUAUGAGCGGUACAGCGCCAUGCGAGCAGAUCCUCAGCUUUGUUUUUUAGAGCGAGUAGGAAUGCCAGAGGUUACUGCACUCACAGGAGAACAGGUUGGAGCUGAGGUGGUGGCUGACACCCCUGAUAGUUGCAGUGUAAGCAAGACUGAUGAUAUAAAAGAAGUAGUAGAUGAGAAGCCAGAAGACAUGGAGAACAAAGAAGAGAAAGAGAAGAUAAAAGUGCAGGACACCACAUUACCAGAGGAAACAGUAAAACAGAACAAUAAUUUAUCAGAUGGAUUGGUUCAGGGUUUAGUGGAGCAGGGGCGGGCACUUUGGCCAGCAGGCUCUGCACUUACAGCAAGACUACGGAGACUUAUCACCGCCUACCAGCGGUACACACGCCGCGAACCACUCCGCCAUGAAUUCUUUAUGCAUGAGGGCAUUGGAUCAAUUGCCUGGCAACUGGGUGAGGAUCUACGGCGCUGCGCUACCAGUCCUGAUCCACUUUUCCUUGAGUGGCAAAGGAGAUGGACACGUCGUGAACAGGCUGAUUUCUACCGCACGGUGUCCUCGUUUGGGGUAGUCUAUGACCCUGAGAAGAAGACCUUUGACUGGAGCCAGUUUCGUGGCCUUGCUCGUUUAGAAAGAAAAACAGAUGAAAGUUUAGAGAGCUAUUUCUGGAGUUUUGUCUCUAUGUGUCGCACUGCUUGUAGACUUCCACCAAGGAAAGAUGAAGGUCUUGUUGACCCUGCUUUGUGUAUGGAGCCCAUUACUGAGGAAAGAGCAGCUCGUACCUUGUACCGUAUAGAGCUCCUGCGAAAGGUCCGUGAGCAGGUGUUGUGUCACCCUCUGCUGAAAGAAAGGCUGAAACUUUGUCGUCCAAGUCUUUAUCUGCCUGUUUGGUGGGAGUGUGGCAAACAUGAUCGUGAUCUUCUCAUUGGUGUGGCCAAACAUGGUCUUAGUCGCACCGACUUCUACAUAUUGAAUGACACUCAACUGUCCUUCCUGGAGGCCCAUCGCAACUAUGUCCAGAAAGAAAACUAUGGGUACUCAAUAUCAGGCCUGCCCCAUCAACACUGCUGCCUGUACGACACCAAUCUGGGACACUGCCAUUCUCCUCAGUCCUCAGAAUACCAUCCUACACCCUUGCACCCCACACAGAUACAUCAAGACAUGGCUGUGCACGGACACCAUGAAGCCUCAGAAGUGGUUGCAGUAUCAGAACCAGAACGCACCUUAGGUAUGGGUCCAAAUUCUAGGGAUAGCUUCUUGGACUGCACUCCAAUAGAUGACUCUAUGGAGCUGGGACAUUUACGGCAUGAUGAAUCACUCCAUAGCAAGUCAAGCAAAGAGAUUAGUGGAUUUCCCUUUAAUUCAGCAUCAGCUGGACAUAAUAUGUUGAAUUCAUAUGGAAUACAAGGGGAACUUAAUGGGGUACAAGGGGACAUGGCUGAUUCUAUAGCUGAGAAACUGCGUAGUGAUGUUUUAGUGGGAGAGCAGGGAUCUUCAGAAGAGACAGGAUUAAUGGCCCCCUCAGUGGAGUUAGAUGAACUUCAGACACAAUGGGAAAGUUCAGAUCAUGCUGAAGGCUCUGAUAUUUUUAAUGAUGCAGAUCCUAUCUUGGGGACACCUACACUUGAAUCUGGAUUUCUAGACCCUGCUCAGUCUGAAGAUGGACAGGAACAGGAUGAUCCACUUACAGAUUGUUUAAGCAUGCCCAGUUCAGACUCACAAAGCAACCCAGUAGAACCACUAGCAGAAAGCUUUAUGUUAUUUAAAGAACUUCAUGCUGUAGAGACGCCUAUGAACCAGCCCGAUUUAUCAGCCAGUGCACCAGAAUAUGGUCCCCCACAACCUCUUGCACUUUCUGAUGUGGGCAUUGACCAAGCAGAGCCAAUAAGUGAAGAACUAGAAGAGAAGCUAAGUGGUUCUGAAGUCACACAUUGUGACCAUAAUACAGAAGAUGGACCAAAUCAUGUUAAGUACCAAUUUGACAAAGACAAUCAUUCAGAAAGUUCUCUGAGUAAUUUAGAAACUGAUGAGAAGUCAAGGAGAACCCAAAGCAGGAAUAGUAGCAUGCCUUCUGUCGAAUCUUUAGUUAAAAAUAAUUUUAAACCCUUGAAGAUGGAGCGUAACAUGCCAGUUGAGGGUUUAAAUGAGGACCAACUAAAGGAUUCUUGUGACGUGUCUUUGGAAGAACCGUGUGAUAAACUUCUCAUGGAUCCAUGCGAAGUGCCCUUUGAAGAACCCCAUGAAAUUCCUUCGAAAGAACCCCUGGAAGAAUCACUUGAAGGGUCAAUUCAAAACCCCAGUGAAGAACAGUUGGUCAAACGGGAGUCUGAAGAAUCCACUGCUGAAUAUAUAGAACCAGUUGUAGAGAAUACUCCAGCUGUCCCUGCCUUUCAAACAGAGGGAGGUUUGCCAUCUUUUUUGUUUCCAGCUCUUUCCAACACGGAAGUAGACAGCUCUGUAUUUCAAGACCAUAAAGAUGUCAAACCCGAGCCUGAAAGCACCACAUUGACCCCUGAACUGGAACAGGCUGCUUGUCUUCAAGUAAAGGAUGAAAUAAAAGAAGAGAAAACAAAGACUCUAGAUUUAUUGGGAGAUGGUUUUGUUGAGGCACCACAGAUUCCAACACCUGUAUGUGAGAUAACAGACAGUCUCCAUGAUCUAAGGGAACCAACCAUUGCUCAGCUGCUUCAGGAGAAGGCACAUUACUCAUUUUCAGAGUGGCCCAAGGACAGAGUAAUUAUCAAUCGCAUUGACAGUAUUUGCCACGCCAUCUUAAAGGGGAAGUGGCCUUCUUCCAACCAGCAGUAUGAAUCCCCUAACACAGUGUCCAACGUCUGCGUACGCAACAGCGCUCAGCCGAGAGUCGGGUUGCCGCCUGCCAGAAUACCUCUACCUCAGAACCUUAACUUCAACAUUCCACCCUCAUUACCACAUAUACACAAGGAACGGUUGGUAACUCCAGCAUUCCUUUCCGAGCUCAAGCAUCCCAGGUGUGGGUUCGAGUUUGAGACAGAGGGUCCUCCCAAACCAAGUAGUCUUAGAGAAAAGAUUCAACUUGGCAUUCCUCAUCAUGGAGAAACACUUUUUGUUAAUGGCUGGCAAGAUGCUGCUAUGGAUCUGUCCAAAGCUACAGACCUUGCAUUUGGUAGGGACACAGGCUCCAUGAGUCACGAGUCCCAUACUGUCCAGUCAGGACCUCUUAAGAUGCCUAGCUUAAGUUCCAUUCAAGGAGCAAUGGGCUUUGAUAUGACUGGCAUUCUGCAAGCAGGACUUAUACAUCCAGUUACAGGGCAGAUUGUUAAUGGUAGUCUUUGUCGUGAUGAGUCCAUAAUGAGGAGGAGGAGAGGUCGGAGGAGAAAUGUAGAUGUCUCUGACCUGGGGUUCUUUAAGGACAGAGACACAAACAAAUCUAAACAAAAGGGGCAACCAGAGAGUAUCAGCCACCCAGUUGUGUCCUCUACCUCUUCUCAUCCUGAUAGCUCCACCAUUUCCCCUUCUGUCCUGCCCCUCACAGAGUCACCUAGCAUGAGUAUGGACAGUGAAGCAACCAGUAAAGGCCUGUCGGAAUGGCUUAGACAGAACACCAGCUACAGAAUAGAUCUCCCUGCUUUCCAAACGACUGCAGGCAUGCUGCAUGGUUUUACAGAACGUCCGAAGCAGAGGAGACAUCGCUGUAAAGAUCCUACCAAAUUAGAUGUAAGCUCUUUGACAGGAGAGGAGAGAGUUCCAGUGGUGCACAAGGGUACAGGUCGCAGGCUGGGUGGUGCUUUGGCCCCAGCAAUAAAGGAGCUUUCUCAGUGGCUGGAUAUAAACUCAGAAUACUUUGUGGCUCCUGAUUGGGCAGAUGUUGUUAAGCAUUCAGGUUUUCUCCCAGAAGGAAAGUUUACACGGAUUCUUACCGAGCCAGUGACUCGGGAUCCAGCCACACGCCGGAGAGGCAGGAGGCCGCGUAGUGAGAUUCCCAAAGCUAUUGAGCUCCCUGCUGGCAUGGGACCUCUCUUUAUGAACAGUGGACUUAUUGGUAGCAUGGACUUGGUUAGCUUACCUAACCUGCGAAAUGUCCCUAGCAUUCCUAUAAGCGGCCUGAUGGGGUUUCCACCUGGUUUUGCUCCUGCACUACCUGGAGAAGAUGCUAAAAAUGGCCUGGGUAUUCUUCCCAUGAUGCUCCAUAGCAUGCCAGCCAUGCAAUCACCCAUGUAUGGAUCUCAUAUAAGUGGGAUGAUAAACCCAGCAUCAUCUACAGCAUCCCCUACAAUAUGUACAUCUGCCAGCUCCUCCAGCAUAGCAACAGUCACUUCCACAUCCUCCGCCACUGUGGCCUUAUCCCCGAGCCCAGCUGACAGCUCCAGCAAUGCGGCUACCAAAGAGACAGCCAGCCCCGAGUCUAGUACCGAGAAACAAAAUACAGAGGAGAGAACGCAAAGGGAGGGGGAGAAAAGAAUGUUCGCUGUUGCUGCCAACCCAUCAAUUACUAGCAGUACUGCUAGCAUUACAAGCACUGGGAGCCAUUUGGCCUUCAACCCAUUUUUGAUCCCUGGCAUGCCUCAUGGACUGCUGUACCCACAUAUGUUCCUACCGCAUGGCAGUAUAAUGGCACUUCCAGCGGUGCCGGCAGCAGAUAGCACUGGAAGUCCAAAGAGGAAGAGAAAGAAAGCUAGGGAUGAAGAAGGGGUGGAUGGAAACAAAGUCUUUUUAGAGGAAGAUGAUGGAGGGAGAAAGGGGUUGAGAAAGAAAGAGACAUCAGAAUGCAAGCAUAAAGAUGGCAGAUUAGAAGAAAUCAUGCCAGCAGUGGAGGUUGGUGGUCGUGACACCUGUGGCUCUUUAGCUGUGGUUGAUACUGACAAGAGCAGUGAGGUUGAGAAAGCAACAGAGGAAAGUAAGGAUGGAGUAAUAAAAACAUUGGAGCCCAGCAUGUCUGUGCCAAAAGACAAACACUCAGACGUUACACAGGAUGUGUUAUAGACUCAGCUCUCCCCGCCUAAGCAAAAGUAUAUUUGUGUAUUGUG